CCUAUGCAACCUGUUCCUAUUCUGGGAUACAUGCCUGGAUCACACUGCAUAAAGGAUAUUCAGAAGAAUAUCAGCUGUUCCACUUCUGCUGCACUGUCCACCACCCUUCCUGCCAGAACCUUCCCUGAGCUCCAGCCCCUGAUGGCGCACCCACAGUCUGAGCAUAACAACUCUCAGGAGGACACAAAGGAGAAGGACCCCAUGCAGCCUGGACGCAAAGCCCUACAGAGGGCCAGAGCCUGCUUCCUCAAGGGAGUCUCUUACUUCUCCGGAGACAUGAAAGUGUUUGGAAAAUGGAUGGAAAAACAGUUUUUCCUGCUGCAGUUGCUGGACUGGAUUUUGCGUGGAGCAGCUCAGGUGAUGUUUGUCAACAACCCUCUAAGUGGCCUCAUUAUUUUUGCUGGCCUCAUCCUGCAGAACUACUGGUGGGCUCUCAACGGCUUUGUGGGCACCCUCUUUGCCACAAUUUCUGCCCUUAUUCUACAACAGAACAGAGGUGCAGUAGCUGCAGGGCUAUAUGGUUACAAUGGCAUCCUGGUGGGACUGCUGAUGGCUGUGUUCUCCAAAGCUGGAGACUGGUACUGGUGGCUCCUGCUACCCAACAUCUUCAUGUCCAUGAUGUGCCCGAUUGUGUCCAGUGCUUUGGCAUCUAUAAACAGCCGCUGGGAUUUGCCAGUGUUUACUCUGCCCUUUAACAUCCUGGUGUGUCUCCACAUGGUCGCCACCGGCCACUACAACCAAUACUUCCCCCAAGUCCUCAUUCAGCCUCUCUCAGAGACGCCCAACAUCACCUGGGCUGAAGUCAGUGUAACCAAGCUGUUCAUGUCAGUGCCUGUGGGGAUAGGCCAGGUCUACGGCUGUGACAACCCUUGGACAGGAGGAAUCUUCAUUAUCUCACUCUUCAUCUCCUCCCCUAUCACCUGUGCUCAUGCCAUCCUGGGAUCAGCCACAGGCAUGGUUUCUGGCCUGGCUCUGGCAGCUCCUUUUGGAAACAUUUACGCUGGCCUCUGGGGAUACAACUGUGUGUUGGCCUGCAUUGCCAUCGGCGGAAUGUUUUACGCUCUCACCUGGCAGGUGCACCUGCUUGCCAUCACAUGCGCUUUUUUCUGUGCAUACCUCGGCUCAGCCAUCAGCAAUAUCAUGUCCAGGUUUGGUCUUCCAGCCUGCACCUGGCCCUUCUGUCUCUCUGCCCUGACUUUCCUCCUCUUAACAACGGGGACCAAUAAGAUUUUCAAACUGCCACUGGCCAAAGUCACCUACCCUGAGAAAAACCUGUGCUUCUUCUGGAAGCUGAAGAAGCAGGAAAAAAUGGAGAAGGCUGAGAACGAGAAGAAAGACAGCAAAGAGCUGCAGAAAGCCAUAGAAGAAGAAGUAAUACUAAACGAGAAAGAGCAACUGAGACUAGAGCAAAUGAGGCUUGAAAGAAUGGAAGAAGCGAGGGUAGCAAGUGAGGCAUCAGAGGAUAAAAAUGACGAGACACACGUCGAAGACCAUGCACCUGGGGUAGAACAACAGGGUACUGAAGAGUAUGUUUAAUACUAUAUUUCUGCAGAAAGAGAGAGAGAUGGAUUAUGAAUUGGCAGAAUAGAUAUCUACUGUCAGAAAUAAAAAUUUGAGACUGAUCCUAAAAAAAGUACAGGCUCAGUGACCACAAACAAUUGAAAAAGGAAGACACAAAGAAACAUGGAAACCAAAAGUGGUGGUCACUGGCUGAGACAGAGUUGCACUUAUUCCUACAACGUAAAACAUUCAGUGAAAUAAGGAACAUUUACAUAAACAAGUUUAACUCUGUAAUCUCUUUCAAAAUUCCAAAGAGCUUAAUGAGACCUUAAAAAUACUCAUAGGAGAAAGAGACAGGGCAUGUGUUGCCCUGGAAUUAGUUAUUGCUCAUAUUACCGGUAUUGUGUGCUGUCCAAAUGUUUGGACAAAUUAUAUUUUGGUGCUUUGUCAACAUUUUUUAAAACCUUCGUGCAAAUUAUUUAAAUUUAAUUAAACUGAGAAAGAGAGACGAUACUCAAGUGGCACUUAAAUGUAUGAAUAAUGUAAAUAAGUGUAUCUGUAAAUAUUCUUUUUGAGUGUUUGUAUAUAUUACAUGUAGCUCUUAUUUGUUCUGUAAAACAGAACAGAAAUAAAAAAUUUUCUAAUAAUCAA